AAUGGGAAGCACUACCUCCCUCCUUCAUGCGUAAAUUAUGUAGGGCAGGACGGCAAUGCUUUGCUACCUCCAUUUGAGCAAACCCGACCGGUGAAUGUGUGGGGAAACGAGAAAUCAAAUAAUCAACAAUAAAAGCCACCCUCGUUUUCAAGGCGCAUUUGACAGAGGCGGAGUAGCGCAUCACGACUUGCCUGCUGUGAAGCCAAGGAUAAGAAAAGAUGGACAUCACGGAUCAAGGAGCUCAAAUGGAGCCGCUCUUGCCAACGGAACAAAGUUCCCAGGAAACUAAAGAAGUGAGAACUGAUGAGGAGGCAGUGGUGGACCGCGGCGGCACGCGUUCCAUGCUCACCACCAACUUUGAGAAGGAAGAACUAGAAGGUCACCGCACUCUCUACAUUGGGGUUCACGUUCCUCUGGGCAGGAGGUCGCACCGACGACACCGUCACCAUGGACACAGACACAGGAAGAGGUCCAAGGAGAGGGAUUCCACUGCUGAGGACGGACGAGAAUCCCCAUCGCACACAGACACACCAGCUCAGAGGGUGCAGUUUCUGUUGGGGACUGAGGAUGGCGAUGAGGAACACAUCCCCCAUGCCCUGUUCACUGAGCUGGACGAAAUCUGCCUCAGGGAGGGUGAGGAUGCUGAAUGGAAGGAGACAGCCAGGUGGCUUAAAUUUGAGGAAGACGUUGAGGAUGGUGGAGAGCGGUGGAGUAAACCCUAUGUAGCCACUCUGUCUCUACACAGUCUUUUUGAGCUCCGCAGCUGCAUCAUGAAUGGCACUGUGAUGCUGGACAUGAGGGCCAACUCCCUAGAAGAGAUUGCAGACAUGGUUCUGGAUCAGUAUGAGGCAUCUGGCCCUGUAGGUGAGGAUGCCAGGAAAAGGAUCCGUGAGGCCCUUCUCAAGCAACACCAUCACCAAAACCACAAGAAACUGGCCAACCGCAUCCCUAUUGUACGCUCCUUUGCUGAUAUUGGCAAGAAGCAGUCUGAGCCUCAUUCCAUGGACAAGAAUGGCCAAACAGUCUCACCUCAGUCCCAGCCAGCCAACAAUGAGGUCAAACAGGAUGUCAGCCGAGAAAACAGCGCUGUUGACUUCAGCAAGAUUGACCUCCACUUCAUGAAGAAGAUUCCACCUGGUGCUGAGGCAUCCAAUGUGCUGGUAGGGGAGCUAGAUUUCCUGGAGCGCCCUGUGGUGGCCUUUGUCCGCCUAGCUCCAGCUGUACUGCUUAAUGGCCUGGCUGAAGUUCCCAUCACCACCAGGUUUCUUUUCAUCCUGCUCGGUCCUCUGGGAAAAGGUCCACAGUAUCAUGAAAUUGGACGGUCUAUUGCAACACUGAUGACUGAUGAGAUUUUCCAUGAUGUUGCUUACAAGGCCAAAGACAGGAAUGACUUGGUGGCAGGCAUCGACGAGUUUCUGGAUCAGGUGACAGUGUUACCCCCAGGAGAGUGGGACCCCUCCAUCAGAAUAGAGCCUCCUAAAAAUGUGCCAUCUCAGGAAAAGCGGAAGAUUCCCCCUGUUCCUAACGGAGUAACAGAUCUUGGAGAGUCUGAGGAGCAUGGAGGGCAUGGAGGCCCCGAGCUCCAGCGCACUGGGAAGUUGUUUGGUGGGUUGAUCUUGGAUGUCAAAAGAAAGGCUCCUCACUACCUUUCUGACUACACAGACGCUGUCAGUCUGCAGUGUCUGGCCUCAUUUCUCUUCCUCUACUGCGCCUGCAUGUCACCCGUGAUCACUUUUGGAGGACUCCUGGGUGAGGCUACAGAGGGGCGUGUGAGUGCUAUCGAGUCCUUAUUUGGGGCUUCCAUGACUGGAAUAGCCUACUCUCUUUUUGCUGGUCAGCCUCUCACCAUACUGGGCAGCACAGGGCCUGUUCUUGUCUUUGAGAAGAUCCUCUUUAAGUUCUGCAAGGAAUAUGGCCUCUCCUACCUCUCCCUGAGGGCCUGUAUUGGCCUGUGGACGGCCUUCUUCUGUCUAUUGCUGGUGGCCACGGAUGCCAGCUCGCUUGUCUGUUACAUCACACGCUUCACUGAGGAAGCUUUUGCUGCUCUGAUCUGCAUUAUCUUCAUCUAUGAGGCCCUGGAAAAGCUAUUUCACCUGGGGGUGCACUAUCCCAUCAACAAGAACAACAACCUCCAGAAGCUCACAAUGUACUCAUGUUCUUGUGUGGAGCCCAGGGACCCCAGCAAUGAGACUCUGCACUUCUGGGAAGAGAGAAACAUCACAGCCUCUCAGGUCAACUGGACCAUGCUGGAGGUCAAGGAGUGCGAGAUGUUGCACGGAGAGUUUGAGGGCAGCGCCUGUGGUUCCCAUGGCCCCUACAUUCCUGACGUCCUCUUCUGGUGCGUGGUCCUGUUCUUCUCCACUGUCUUUAUGUCUGCCUUUCUCAAGGAGUUCAAGACAAGCCGCUACUUCCCCACAAAGGUGCGGUCCAUCAUCAGCGACUUUGCCGUCUUCAUCACCAUCCUCAGUAUGGUGUUCAUCGAUUAUGCUGUGGGGAUCCCCUCACCUAAAUUACAGGUCCCCAAUAAGUUCAAACCAACCAGGGAUGACCGUGGCUGGCUUAUAAACCCUGUGGGGCCCAACCCCUGGUGGACCACGAUCAUCACCUUCAUUCCUUCUCUGCUCUGCACCAUUCUCAUCUUUAUGGACCAGCAGAUCACAGCCGUUAUCAUCAACAGGAAGGAACACAAACUAAAGAAAGGUUGUGGCUAUCACCUGGAUCUGUUUGUGGUCGGGGUGAUGCUUGGUGUGUGCUCAGUAAUGGGCUUGCCAUGGUUCGUAGCAGCCACUGUGCUCUCCAUCUCCCACGUGAAUAGCCUGAAGCUGGAAUCCGAGUGCUCAGCCCCUGGAGAGCAGCCCAAGUUCCUGGGCAUUCGAGAGCAGCGCUUCACUGGCCUCAUGAUCUUUACCCUGAUGGGAUGCUCUGUCUUCAUGACCUCCAUGCUGAAGUUUAUUCCCAUGCCUGUGUUAUAUGGAGUCUUUCUUUACAUGGGGGCUUCCUCGCUCAGAGGCAUUCAGUUCUUUGACCGUCUGAAACUGUUUGGCAUGCCCGCCAAACAUCAGCCAGACUUUAUCUACCUUCGUCAUGUCCCUCUGAGGAAGGUCCAUCUCUUUACUAUCAUCCAGCUCAGCUGCUUGGUCCUCCUCUGGAUCAUCAAGACCUCCAAAGCUGCCAUUGUUUUCCCCAUGAUGGUCUUGGCCCUAGUGUUUAUUCGCAAGUUGCUGGACUUUAUUUUCACCAAGAGAGACCUGAGCUGGCUGGAUGACCUGAUGCCAGAGUGGAAAAAGAAGAAACUAGAGGAUGCUGCACAAGAGGAGGAACACAGUAUUAUUGCAGAGGAGGAAGGCAUUGUACAAGUGCCACUUGAGGGACACUAUAAGAGUGACCCAGCCACAGUAAACAUCACUGAUGAAAUGUCCAAAGGGUCUUUUGGGAAUGUGUGGAAGAGUGUCAACCCUGCUGAGAGUGCUAAGAAGGAACCAAGCGCUAAAAGCUCCCCUUCCUAACCUCUCAGAAGCUGAUAUCCCAAAGUUCCAGAAGCAGCGAAAAGCGUCACAAACGGCGGAGGCAUGACAAGAGCUUGGACAGGGAGACAAGUUUGUGAUGACACAUACUGGCAAAACCACUGUGCUGUCAACCAGUAAAUCAACAAACAAGUAUACCGUGCCACACUCAGCCACCUUUGUACUGUGCUACACUGUGUUUUUUUGUCAUGUAAGUCUUUGUGUAAGUCGUGUAAAACAAAGAAUAUUUAUUAGAAACUGUAUUAACGAGAGGAAAGUGAGACACGCCUGUGUUCUUUUUUCUGUGUAUAUCAGUAUUUGGUGAUACCAGCAACAGAAGGAUGCCAGAAUCAUGACACCUACAGUAACUGCUGUGUCUAUGGGCCAAUUUAGGAACAAUUUUAAACAAUUUUUAAACUUUAUUUUAUUUGUAUUUUGUAUGUUUUUAUAUUUUUCCAACAACUACAUGUUGUCCUUUUAACAAGGCUACAGCAAACCACAAAAUAAUUGAUUCUAUGUGGAGCAUUUAAUGCUGCUAUUGUAUCUAGCGCCUCACAAUACAAUAGACUGAAAAAGUAGAUAUUUGCCAAUUUAAUCUAUAGUACUGGUAUCUAAAAGAGUUGGCUAUAUAGCAAAAAGUAAUUUUUUUGGAAGUAUUAAAUAUACAUUUUAUAUAUGAUAUAUAUCUUAAUGUUUUUGUGACGGUGACCACUCAUAUCUUUUCCAUUGCUGUUUCACAUAUAAAUUUCUCUCCUCUAGCAAAAAGCAUUUCCCCAGAAACUUAAAGAAAUAGUUUGACUUAGAAUUAGCUUUGUUGCUGAGAGUCGGAUGAAGGGACUGACCUAAAUAUGAAGCUAAAUCCAGCAUCUAGUUGACUUAGCUUAGCAUAGAUAGUGAAAAUAAUGAAACAGUUAUCAUGGUUCUGUUUAAAAAAUAACCAAAAAACAAAAAAAAAAGAUUGCUAACUCACAUUUUGCAUCUUACUUCUUAAUUUGUAUAUAAAUUAAAGUGUAAAAACAACACUUUUGGUUUUACUAUUCCUUGCUAGCAAUUGCGUCAUAUUAAUUGCUCACAGGAACAGUCAUCCAUCCUUUGAUCUAACUCUCAGAAACAAACAAAAAAAUAAAAUAAAAGUAUUUUCUCAUUUCUUUCAGUGAGAUUUUUUUGGGGGGGGGGCUUUUUUGCAAAAUCAUGUUUUCAAGCUAGCAUGGUAGUAUAGUUUGGGAACUUUUUACUGUCUUGCUAUUUGGCCUUGGCUUUUGCCUCAAAUUGGACAAUGCUGAACUUUUGAGUAACUGUACAGAAAGCUCCAUGUUUUCCACUUGCGUACUCUUUGCCAUCCUGUCAGUAAGUGUCAUCCAUGGACAUGUGAUCUCCUCUCCAAACGACCCUCAGUGUGUUACAUCUGAAGCUAAUUGUUUCUUUAAAAAAUAAAAAAAAAAACACCUGCAUGCCGGAGAAACACUGACUGUCUUGCUGCAGGACCAUGGUUCUAGAAAUGCAAUAAUACCUUUUUCUGGGAAGGGCAACAUGUAAUAACAGUAAAGAGUCUAAACAAUGUAUAAUACAUAGAAUAUUUUAUCCAUGUAAAAUGUAACUUAUAUAUUACUAGCAUUAAGUCAGUGUUGAAUUCUGAUUUUUCUUGUAGAUGUUAUUUUCCCAUUGUCUAACUGAUGGUUCUUAGUUGAUUAGAGAAACUAAUAAUGGGUCAAAAUUAUAUUGGUAUCAUUGACCACUUCUGUGUGGAAUUCUGCCUUAAAUUUGGUAGUACUAGCUGUAUACUUUCUGUUAGAUAAUUUAAGCCACCUGUAUAAAUAACAAUCAGCUCAUUCUUCACUUGUAAUUUGUUUCAUGAGAAUGAGAAAGAGAGAGAGAGAGUGCAAAUAAAGACAU